GCUGUGAGUACACUCUAGUUCCACGCGUGUCUUUCAGGCGCCUGAUUUGCUGUGCCGGGUGGCUUUGCUGUCUCCAAGACCAAUGCUCUUCCUGUGGCAAAAGACAAGCCAUUGAGGCAUUCCAGCUGUCAAGCAACUGCGGAUGGUGCAGUCAUCAACGAUACCACCACCACUGUAACUCUUGUGCCUGUGAGACAGAUCAACGUGAUCUGAAGCAUGCACCACAGUUCAUGCAGGCCAGCGUCGUUUUGAAUGCCAUUUGUGCCCAUUCAAGCUGAAGCAGCACAUACCUGCAACCCACACAGACAAGAGGACAUUUCAGUGCCUUUAAUGCCCUCAGAGCUUCUCACAAAAGCUUAAUCUGAAGAACACCUGCUCAUCUACACAAGUAAGAUGCGAUUUCAUUGUUCGUUAUGCCCGUCGAGUUUCUCAAGAAACUCCACACUGAAGACUCACAUGUUCGUCCACACAGGCGAGAGGCCAUUUCAUUGCCCUGCCUGCCCUCAGAGCUUCGCCCGAAAGAGUUGGCUGAACCGACACCUGCGCACCCACACAGGCGAGAGGCCAUUUCAGUGCCCUUCAUGCCCUCGGAGUUUCUCAGCUUCGACUACACUGAAGAAUCACGUGCGCAUCCACACAGGCGAUAAGCCAUAUCAGUGCCCUUCAUGCCCUCAGAGCUUCUCACAGAAGGCUACUCUGAAUAAUCAUGUCCGCAUCCACACAGGCAAGAUGGCAUUUCAGUGCCCUGCAUGCCCUCGGAGCUUCCCACAAAAUGGUAGUCUGACCCGACACCUGCGCAUCCAUACAGGUGAGAAGCCAUUUCAGUGCCCUUCAUGCCCUCAGAGCUUCUCACAGAAGUCCACACUGAAGAGUCACAUGUGCACCCACACAGGAGAGAGGCCAUUUCACUGCCCUGCAUGCCCUCAGAGCUGCUCACAAAAGAGUAAUCUGAAGCAACACCUGCGCACCCACACAGGCGAGAGGCCAUUUCAGUGCCCUUCAUGCCCUCGGAGCUUCUCACUGAAGUCCACACUGAAGAGUCACAUGUGCAUCCACAAAGGAGAGAGGCCAUUUCACUGCCCUGUAUGCCCUCAGAGUUCCUUUUACAACUACAAGUCUGCACUGAAGAAUCAUGUGUGCACCCACACAGGCCAGAGGCCAUUUCAGUGCCCUUCAUGCCGUCAGAGCUUCUCAGACAAGUCAACAAUGAAGAGUCACGUGUGCAUCCACACAGGAAAGAGCCCAUUUCAGUGUGCUUUGUGCCCGCAGAGCUUCUCAAAAAAGUCUGCACUAAAGGUUCACCUGCGCAUCCACUAAUGUGAGAGGAUGUUUGAGUGGUUUGUGUACUUUCAAAAAGUUCGGUAAUGUACUUGUUGUCAAGCCAGUGCACACGAGGGAUUGUUGAAGCAGAAAAUUUCAGUGUUCACAGGGUUCAUGCGUAAAGGUUGCGUCGGUACAUUUUUUGCCAGAAAGUUGACUUCCCAAGUACACUUGCUGCACAGUAGUGCUGAGUUCUGAAACUUCUCAUUGUUUCUUGGUUUUCAUGUUUUCUUAGUUUUUUUCAUGGAACCCCAGUGUAUAUUCUCUUAAUAUUGUUAUUUCUCUUAAUAAAAUACUUGGAAGUUAGCGUUUGUCUGUCUGAUUCGCUGUCCCCUGUGUCAAUUUUGCACAACUCUGCUCAUGAAUUACCAUCUAGCCUGCACCCAAUUCUUGCUGAGCUUUUUCUGUUAGACUCAUAUUUUUGUUGCCUGUAGGUUCUAUACAUGUGCGAGUCUUUGGAGGUCUUUUCAUUAUAUUGUUACAGGGAGUACUUAAUUAACAGUAAACGGCUAGCGCUUGUCUAGUCAAGACUGCACAGAGCACACAGGUUCCAGCAGG